GCUGUCCAAGGACUGGUCCAUCGGAAAGUUACGCUAGCAAAUCUAGAACGUGUGGAACGGAACCAUUCCAACCCAAUCAAGUCCACAGCCCGAUAUCCCAAAACCAUAAACCGGCCAUAGGUUCAUUCAAACAGUGUCAGGAAGUGACAGAGGAAGUGGAGUAGUGAGCCACAGUGUGUAACGUUCUCUGGUUUCUCUGUUCAUAGACGAGGCGAGACAGAGAGAGGAGGGAGACAGACAGCGAGAGAGAGAGAGAGACAGACAGACAGACAGAGAGAGAGACAGACAAAGAGAAAGACAGCCAGAGAGACAGACAGACAGAGAGAGAGACAGACUGAGAGAGAGAGACAGACAGAGAGACAAAGAGAGAGACAAAGAGACAGAAAGACAGAGCGAGACAGACAGAGAGAGUAUACUACUGAACUGUGUCUCGUCGAGGAACAGACAGAGAGAGAGACAGAAUACUACACGUGUCUGUCUGACCGUGUGUCAUGCGUUACCAUGACGAGAGAAGCACUCAUCAAACUCUUCAUCCUCAUCCUCCUCGCCUUCAUCAUCUGUCUCCCAGAGUUCUUCACUUCACACAGAGCGAGGGUAAACUUCCACUGUGUGACCUUUGACCCCUGCGGGGACCAGGAAGUGCCAACGCAGUGCGACCCCGGGCUGACCCCUGCGGGACAGAACUCCAGCCGGAGCGUCGAGGAGAAGCCCGUCUGUAACACCGGGAGGACGGGAGGUUCUGGAGUGAGCUGGUUGCUGUGUGACACGGAGACGGACCCGCCCGCUCUCCGUGGCAACGCCUCGCUGUCAGGAAGGAGGGUGUCGCUAUCAGUGUUGUCUGAAGGAGGGAACGCGACUUUGUACGGCUUCCUGACAGAGGAGAAGAAAGAGGAGAAGAAAGAGGGGGAGGAAGAAGGACAAGGAUUCAUCUACUGCUGUUUUCGAACCCCGCCUCUUUCCAUACCAACCAAUCACAGCCAGUGUCUCCUUCAUCUCCACACCCAAGGAACCAAUGAGACAGCUGUAAAGUCUGACCUGCCCUGGACACGGCCACCUAGAAGUGAGUGGUUGUGUGUCUUCAGGGUGGCGUGGUUGGUCCUGGUGGUUGUGGUCAUGUUGACCGUCCUCACCACGGUCCUGGGUCUGAUCUACUGGAGGACUCGCUGCUGUCGAAAGGAGCCCAGAGUGUAUCCAGCCAGUGUGUUCCAGACCAGAGGAUUCAACACGGACCUCCCUGAUGUCUCUGUUUCACUACAUCACUCCUCAGGUACCUCUCUCUCCCCCAUCCCAGAGGAGCCCAGUGGGUUCCAGACCAGAGGAUUCAACACGGACCUCCCUGAUGUCUCUAUUUCACUACAUCACUCCUCAGGCCUGUUGUCACCUAUUCAUGAAGAGAAGACUGCAGAAGACGAGCCUCGUCAGGGUUACUACGGUAAUGACACAGCGCUCCACCACCGUGGCCACCCUCUCCACUCAUCCCUUUCUCCCGAAGAGCUCUAGAUGAACAGAGCAGAAGACAGGAACACCAAGACAUUACUUCCUUUUAACAUCUUGACAGUUUUUUUUUUUAACAAAUGAAUGGUGUCCCUGAAUGCGGUCCCUGAAUGCUGUCUUGAUGGGGGGGGGGUUAUUGCCCUCCUGGGUCCUGGAGAUCCUCAAAAGACCCCCGAAGGACAUUUCUCCCCCCCUCACGAGGUCAUUUUAGGAUUAGGGAAAAUAUGAUUUUUUUAUGGAAAAACAUUUUGUGUGUGUGUGUGUGUGUGUGUGUGUGUGUGUGUGUGUGUGUGUGUGUGUGUGUGU